AUGAACCAUCUUCUCCAAAAGAAUCUUAUGCUCUUCACCUCUUCACGCUCACCCUUGCAAUCUUGCACGCUUCUUGUUCGAUUUCAACUUUCUAAAUUGUUAUCUUCUUCUCCUAUUCCGUAUUCUCACCGUAAGCGUCACGGCAACAAAGAGUACCGCAAUGUUAGAGUCUCAGUGUGGUGGGAUUUCGAGACCUGCAACCUGCCUUCUGGUGUUAGCAUAUCCAAAGUAAAACCCGCUGUCACCAACGCUGUGAGAGCUAAUGGAAUCAAAGGCCCUGUUCAUAUUACCGCGUUCGGCGAUGUUUGUCAGCUUUCGAGGCCCAAUCAGGAGGCACUUCCUUUCAGUGGGAUUCAUCUUAUUCGCUUUCUCAAGAUUCCCAAAGGUGGAGAGAAUAGUGAUGAUAUAUCUCGUACUGCUGAUUUAAUGAAUUGGGUUUCAGAAAAUCCUCUUAUGUAUUGGGUUUCACAAAAUCCUCCGCCUGCACAUCUCUUUCUGAUAUCUGGUGAUAGAGACUUUGCUGGCAUAUUGCACCUAUUGAGAAUAAAAAUGUAUAAUAUCUUGCUUGCAAGUCCUGGAAAUGCUCCUGAUGUUCUCUGCAGUGCAGCAACUAUGAUGUGGCAGUGGACAUCUAUUCUCAAGGGAGAAGAUCUAACUGGAAAACAUUUGAACCAUCCUCCCGAUGGUCAGUUUGGUUCUUGGUAUGGAAACUCUAAAGUGCCUCUUGAAAACCCCUUUUGGACAUCUAUUCUCAAGGGAGAAGAUCUAACUGGAAAACAUUUCAACCAUCCUCCCGAUGGUCAGUUUGGUUCUUGGUAUGGAAACUCUAAAGUGCCUCUUGAAAACCCCUUUUCAGUUGAAAACCCCUUUUCAGCUGCUGAGGAGUCAACAUCUUCACAAAAUAUACACGUUACGGAAAUCAAUGAACCCUCCUCAGACUUAAAGGUAGGUGUAGGACUUAAAGUGAGAUCUAUGAAGUUUUCUGAUGAUGAAAUUGUUAGGUCUACGGACAUAAGUCCAAAAGUUCGUGAAAAAUAUACCACUUUAGGGAAACUCUUGGCUGGUACUGAUCACACAAACAAACACGAGGAUCAACCUAGAAAGGAGGUUGAUGAUCACAGCCCAUAUUCUUCAGCAGUUGAUGACUCUUUGGUUGACAAAAGACCCGAUGUUCAUCCUGAGACUUACAGCAAAAGAUCAACUUUCUUUAGCUGGAUUAAAAGUUGGUGGCCAUUUCAGAAAAGCAAUGUAAAGGCUGAUGAUUCCACUUUUUAUCAGAAAAAGGUGACUAGGUUGAAGAACCCAAGCCAUUAG